AUGAAUUUUUCAGAUGAAAACCAAGCUCUUGCAAAAGCCAAAACUACUUUGAAUAAAACUUUAUCCGAGCUAGAAGGCGAUAUUUCUUUAGUUCAUGUAAGGAUCAAAAAAUUAAUAGCAGACUUUACAAAAAAUCAAGAAAACUCUGCAUUCGAGCUCGGAGGAGCUUUAAACCGAGAAGUUGAUACCCAUAGGCAGGUGCUAUGCACCUUGCAUAAAGCUGCGUCAAAUGCGCUACUAGAGCCUAUUGAGCAUUUAGGAAGCCUUUGCCCUGAACAGCCUGGAUCACUUAAAAGCAUAGUAAUUGCUCAGGCAAAUAUCUCUCAAACAAUUAACAUUGUAAAACCUUUUCUCAAUUUGGAAAAAACAUUGGCUGAUCUAAGAAAAGAUUUUGGAGACAAAGAAAAGCUUGCUUCUAUUGUGAACCAAGGUAUCAAGCUAUCUGAUCAUAAAAGGAAAUUAUUGGAAAAGGCCCCACCAAGUGUCAGAGAGGUUCUCAAAAAGCAAUUUGCUCCUUUGGAUGAAUUUGAAGCUGAGCUUAACACUUCGAUAUGAAGAGUAAUUGAAAAUUCAAUAGAAAUAGCACAAAAACAGCCGAAAGCUAUUGUAAGAGUAAUAAAAAUUAUUAGAAACAUUCAAGAUCAAGCUGAAGAAAAAGUAAGAGAGCACUUGGGAUUGGGAAUUGAAAAAAGACUCCUUACCUUACUAAAUGUCGAAAAUUUAGAAAAAUUAUCAGAAAAUACUCAUCAAGCCAUAAACGAACUUGGAAUUAUGAUAGAAAAAGUUUUGCCUUGCUUUCCACCUGAGUACAAUCUUUAUAACUACUGCGUCAAUAAAUACAGGAAUUGCAUUCAAGCUGCAAUAGAGCCUCAAUUAUCUGAUUUAGAAAAGCUUAGAGCCUCUCCAGGGCUACUUGUGCUGAUUUUUCAAUGGGUUUCUGAAUACAGCGAAGCCAUUAAAAAAUACUGCGCAGAUUCCUUGGAAGACGUAGACAUUCAAAUUCUUUUCGCCAAAGUAAAGGAGCUUAUGCCGGAUUUUAUUCAGCAUAUGGAAAAUCUUCUAUCAGAAUGAAUAAAUCGAGCCCUGCAAGCUCAUUCCUCCAACAACCAAAUCAUGGAAAUGGCUGCUAAAUAUGAGCCACUGACAGACACUUUGCCAGAAGAAAUGUUUUCAGCAGUUAACCAGCAGCUUAAUUUUGUUUCAAAUAGGCUUUCAGGCGAAGUUCUUAUUGAAAUUUUCCGUGUUUGUGCAACUCGACUGAUAUCUCAGCAAAAAAAAUUAUCCUCACAACUUUCUGAGAUGAUAAACCUUGAGGAUCCUGAACUGCAAGUCGCUUCGUUGUGUUUAAGCAUAAACAACAAUCAGAGAGCUUCCAAGCAUACAGUGGAUUUAAUGAAAUCUUGCAAAAAAUAUUAUACAGAAAGUUUCCAAUUAGAAAGAAUUGAAAGAAUGUUCGAAGGCGUCCAAAAAGGAUUUCUAACCCUCUGUGGAGAAGGGGCAAAUGCCCUUGCUAUAAGUGUUUUAAGAUCUAUAGCCCCAGACACUGUUCUUGUGCUGUUUACUACUAAUUGGAUUGCAAGUGGCCCAGUGCCUAGCGCAUUUGCAACUAUGGAAGACUAUGAUAAAGACAUCUCUCAGUGGCUGUCAACUGAAUACUACGAAAGGCGCUUUAAGCGGCGCUUUUUUGAGGUUUAUUUACAGGCUUAUCUAGAAAGACUGGUUCAAUCAUUUUCAAAGGUUGUGAAUGUCGUAUAUGAUUAUCAAGUUUUAUUAGUCAUACAAGGAAAUAACCAAGCAUCGAAAAACAAAAAAGAAAUGUCACUAGUCCUCAGCCAGUUUAGAGAAUCUGUUUAUAGAGAUAAGCAUGAUUUCCUGGACUUUGCUAGUAAACUUGAAAUGCAGAUUCCGAUAGAAACUCUUUUUAAUGGACUGGUAGCAUUGCAGGAGCAAGGAGACCUUGAUGUUGAGCAGCUUUCAGCUUUGAUUCAGCCUUUUAUACCAAACAGUGAGCAGCUGGCAAAAGCCAUAAUAACAGUAAUUCAGCCACAAACCUAA